CGUGGGCGGGGCCGUGGGUCGGGCGGGCGGAAGGUUCCAGAGGGGCUGCGGGGGGCGGGGGUGCGGCACGCGCCAUGGCGGACGCGCGCGACGAGUUACAGAAAGAUUUGGAAGAGAUCAAAGAAUUGCUCCUGAAAACCACGAGGAAGCGACUUCGUGAUGUCCUGAUGACAGAGAAAUACAGGAUAGAGCUAGAAAUCAAGAAUCAGCCUCCACCAAAGCCCAAAGAUGUGGCAGAGGAAGAAAAGUCGACCCUGGGAGGGUACACAGUGAAAAUUAACAAUUAUGGUUGGGAUCAGUCAGAUAAAUUUAUUAAGCUUUACAUCUCUUUAAAAGAAGUCCACAAGCUUCCAGCUGACAACGUGCAGGUGAAUUUCACAGAGAGAUCAUUUGAUCUGCUAGUGAAGAAUCUGAAUGGGAAGAACUACACCAUGACCUUCAAUAACCUCCUGAAACCCAUCUCUGUGGAAGGCAGCUCCAGAAAGAUAAAGACAGAUAUGGUUCUUGUGAUGUGUAGGAAGAAGCAAGAGGAAAAAUGGGACUGUCUCACUCAAGUGGAAAAAGAAAGCAAAGAGAAAGAGAAGGCUGCCUACGACACCUCAGAUCCCAGUGAAGGGCUCAUGAACCUUUUAAAAAAGAUGUAUGCAGAAGGGGAUGAUGAAAUGAAACGCACCAUCAACAAGGCCUGGGUUGAAAGCAGGGAAAAGCAAUCCAAAGGGGACACACCAAUGGAUAUUUGAAAAGUACUCUGAGGGCUGCCUUAAUACUGAUCUUCCACGUGAGACGUGCUGUGCUGCAAAGACCAUCGUUUACACAACCUUCUUCCAAGCAAAGACAGUCAUUUGCCAUUUCAGGUUGGAGAAAAUAUUUAAAUAAAAUAGCUUAUAAAGCAAUUCCUUCAGUCAAGUGGUUCACCAUUUCCUGAAGAGUGGAGUAUAGGUAUAUCCUUAUCCUUCCUUGAAAAAGCAUCUUGGAUGAGUGGAGAGUUGUGAAACUGAGAACAGAAAGUAAAAGAAAAGGCAUCCUACAGUAGGACUGUCACAGCCUCUCUGUUGCAAGUGACCACUGCACCCCUCUGGUUGUUGGGGUUUGUGUUACCACUACACAGGGUGUGGUUUUUUGAUUUCAUGUGGGAAUGUUGAACUGUUAAGCAUGUGAGAAAGAGAGAAACACUGAAGAAAGCAGAACCACUAUUGUAAGCACUUGCUAGUUGAGCAGAAACAACAGUGUUGAUCCUGUGGUAUUAAAAAUUUAACGAUUAUUCUCAGAAACUAA